GUCAGAGCUGGACAGGCGCCCUGCCUCAAGAUGUCUAAAAAGAUCCGUGGAGGCCCUGUUGUGGAGAUGCAAGGAGAUGAAAUGACACGGGUCAUCUGGGAACUGAUUAAAGAAAAGCUGAUUUUUCCAUAUGUAGAUCUGGAUUUGCACAGCUAUGACUUGGGCAUUGAGCAUCGAGAUGCUACAAAUGAUAAAGUAACCGUGGAAGCUGCUGAAGCAAUAAAGAAGUACAACGUUGGCAUAAAGUGUGCAACCAUCACUCCUGAUGAGAAGAGAGUGGAGGAGUUUAAGUUGAAGCAGAUGUGGAAGUCUCCCAAUGGGACAAUUAGAAACAUCCUAGGUGGCACUGUCUUCAGGGAGGCUAUUAUCUGCAAGAACAUUCCCCGACUGGUAUCUGGAUGGGUGAAACCCAUUGUCAUCGGCCGUCAUGCUUACGGGGAUCAAUACAGAGCAACUGAUUUUGUGGUACCUGGGCCUGGAAAAGUAGAGAUGACCUACACUCCAGGAGAUGGUGGCAAACCAGUCACAUACCUGGUCCAUAACUUUGAAAGCUGUGGUGGUGUAGCCAUGGGAAUGUACAAUCUUGACCAGUCUAUUAAGGAUUUUGCCCACAGUUCCUUCCAAAUGGCAUUGUCUAAAGGCUGGCCUCUCUACAUGAGCACCAAGAACACUAUCCUGAAGAGAUACGAUGGCCGCUUCAAAGACAUUUUCCAAGAGAUCUAUGACAGAGAAUACAAAUCCCAGUUUGAAGCCAAAAAGAUCUGGUAUGAGCACAGGCUCAUUGAUGACAUGGUUGCUCAGGCCCUGAAAUCAGAAGGCGGCUUUGUUUGGGCCUGCAAGAACUAUGAUGGAGAUGUGCAGUCUGACUCUGUUGCACAAGGCUAUGGCUCUCUGGGGAUGAUGACCAGUGUGCUGAUCUGCCCUGAUGGCAAGACUGUUGAAGCAGAAGCUGCUCAUGGCACAGUUACUCGUCACUACCGCAUGCACCAGAAAGGCCAGGAAACUUCUACCAACCCCAUUGCCUCCAUCUUUGCAUGGACAAGAGGACUUGCACACAGAGCUAAGCUGGACAACAACACUAGCCUUAAGACCUUUGCAACUGCCCUGGAAGAAGUGUGCAUUGAGACCAUUGAAUCUGGCUUCAUGACAAAGGACCUUGCUGCUUGCAUCAAAGGCCUACCAAAUGUCACACGCUCUGACUACCUGAACACCUUCGAAUUCAUGGACAAGCUUGCUGAAAACUUGAAGGGGAAGCUGGCCUCUCUGCCUAAAUAAGACAUGGGUUCUAUGCAAACUCUACUAAUCAAGCAUCUCCCACCUACAUGAGAGUGUAAGUGGUACUCUAUCCCACUCGGCUGUGUAACAUUUCAAA